AUGUUUAUAAACAAAGAGCGAAACGGAACAGCAAAGUUGGACUUUCAAAAGAUAGAGGGGGGAAUCCAACAGAAAUGGGAGAAGGAAAGAAGGCGUGAUUGUGACUCACCCACCACUAUUUGUGAAAGCACAUUCAAAAACAAGUACUUUGUCACCCACCCCUACUUGAAUGGAAGGCUGCAUCUCAGUCAUACUUUCUGCCUUUCGAAAUCCUCUUUUGCUGUUGGUUUCCAUUGCUUGAAAGGGAAGCAAUGCCUAUUUCCAUUUGGGUUGCAUUGUACAGGAAGUUACAUUCAUCUUAAUUCACAGGCCUGUGCAAGCAAGCUGAAGUGAGAGAUGGAGGUCCCUGAUGAGGAGGAAGAGAACCCCAAGUUUGCAGAUGAGUUCAUGUUUAAAGACAAAUCUAAGGGCAUAGAGAGCAAAGCAGUGGCAAAGGCUGUAGAGUCCAAGUUCCAAUGGGACAUUAUGUGGUCUCUGGGGUUGAGUGACAAGGAGAUGGUGUCGUUUGCCAACAUGGGACACUGCCUGGAGAACUUCUCACCCCAGGCCGCGAAAGACCAAAAGAGGAUGGGUUAUUUCUACUUGCACAUCCGCAUCUGCACAUAUAUCACUCCAGUGGAUCCACAGGGUUACACCCUCAUUAAGAUGAAGGUUGUCGAGCCCUACCCUGCAAACUGGAGUGCCCUUAAUAAUCAGAGCAUCUUCUUGGUGGUAGCUACUCUCAGACCAGAGAGCAUGUUUGGCCAGACUAACUGCUGGGUCCAUCCUGACAUCAAGUACCUAGCCUUCGAGACGGCCAGUGGAGACGUGUUCAUCAACACACAGAGGUCUACUAGGAACAUGUCUUACCAGGGCUUCACGAAGAAGAACGGCAAGGUCACAGGGAUCAUGGAUGUUCUGGGUGAGGAUAUUCUUGGAUGUGCUCUUAGUGCCCCGCUGCCAUCUUACCAGACCAUCUAUGCUCUGCCUACGCUCACCAUCAAGCAGGACAAUGGCACUGGAAUUGUCACCAGCGUUCCGUCCGAUGCACCCAAUGACAUCGCUGCCCUGAGGGAUAUAAAAAAGAAACAGGUCCUGAGAGAAAAAUGUGGAAUCAAAUACAAGAUGGUCUUACCUUUUGAGCUGGUGCCCAUCAUUGAGAUCCCUGGCUAUGGGAACCUGUCGGCUCCUCCAGUUUGUGACCAGUUGACGACCCCGAGCCAGAAUGACCUUGAUAAGCUGGCAGAGGCCAAGGAAAGGUUCUACCUUGAGGGCUUCUAUGAAGGAAUCAUGCAGGUUGAAGACUAGAAGGGCCGAAAAAUUGCAACGUCAAUAAAUAAACCCAUCCAGAAGACAAUGAUGGAGGAGAAGGGCCAAGCUUUGAUCUCUAUGGAGCCAGAGAAGCAGGUGAUGGUGAGCUCGGCACUCUGUGACCACACACUCUUUAGGUUCUGUGAUGAGAUCAGGAAGAACUUUGAGGCCACUCUGAACUGGCUCCAGGAGCACGCAUGCUCUCGUACUUAUGCCCUGGGAACAAGGUUGCCAUGGGACCAGCAGUGGCUAAUGGAGUCCCUGUCUUACAUGGCCUACGACACCGUGGCUCACUUCCCAGGGGGAGUGCUCAACGGACAGGGACCGUCGCCUCAAGGGAUCAAGCCAGAACAGAUGAGCAGGGAGGUGUGGGACUUCAUCUUCUUUAAGAGCUCUCUCUUCCCGAAGAUGGAGAUCCCCAAAGAACACCUGCAGAGGCUGAGGGGGUUUGAGUACUUGUACCCCAUGGGUGCUGUGUCUGGGAAUGACCUGGUGCCCAACCACCUGUACAACCACGUGGCCGUGUGGCCCAAUGCCAGCAGAAAAUGGCUGCAGGCAGUCCGGAUGAAUGGUCACCUGUUACUCAACUCUGAAAAGGCAUGUUUUCCCUUCUCUGAAAGAGAUGGCAACAUCUUCAUUCUGAGUAUCGCCAUCUCCAAGUUCUCUGCUAACGAGGACAGAGUGGAAGACGUUAACUUUGUGGAGGCCAUGGCCGAUGCUGGCGUCCUGCACCUCUACACCUGGGUGGAGUGUUUCAAGGAGAUGAUAGCCAAUCAGAACAACCUGAGGACAGGGCCAGCUUUCGCCAGUGCUCCUGGAGAACAUAGUUUGACAAACUCUCUGGAGCUUGAUCAGAUAGAUGCUGUGUUCACAUCAGAAGAUGACACAAUAAAGGAGGACUGUUGCCUUGGGAAACCGUUCAGUGUCUUCAGAUCCGAGGAAGACGGACAGACACAUCCUUUUCUUGGUGUGGCAGUGUUCCUGGUCAACCCCCAUCCAUCCAACGGUCUCUUUACCAUCACCAUCAACAUCUGACAGGGCGACAGCAGAGACGACAUCAUCUGCAGACUAUCCAAAGCCAUCAGGCUAAUUAAAGACCUGUCCAAAGUGGAGCUGAUGUGCUUUGAGGACCCUGUCCUGGGGCAUUGCCAGGUGCCCAAACUGGGGAGGGAGGAGCAGGGUAAGCUGCCCAUCUCUGACAAGUCUUCCUUCAGCAUCAGCCUGGCCAACCGGAAGGUCCUCAUGACAGACAAUGGCCUCAGCGUGGGUAUAGGAGACACCCUGAUUUACCUGCUACAAUAGCACAGGUCUGAGGCCUGUUUUACUACUUCUAUCACUGGUCUGACAAGGGAUCAUCUAGUCUCAUAGAUAUCAGUGAUUACCUUCUAGGAAGGUAGGAAGGAUGCAUGUUAACAGUAUUUGAACAGGGCCCUGCUCUCUGUGUAGACGGGUGGGACUGAACCGCUGGGGCUGUAGCAGAAUGACAAGACACUAUUUUCCUGCUGAGUCUGAGGUCUAUGUAGAUAACAUGCACAGCUCUGUGACGUAUAGCCAGGCUGUCAGAAUGUGUGCGUCUGGUAGCGAAGUCAGGUGCAGCAGAGCAGAGAAUUGUGAACAGGUGCACACUUUAUUUAGGCAAAAGUGAAAAACGGCCAAAACAGUAAAAAAAAAAGAGGAAAGUUUAACAAUAAACAUCUUCAUGAAAAAUAACCUGGAAAAACAAGCCAGUCUGGCGCGUCAACAAUACACACGUAACACAAACAAAGACAUUAUGGGGAACAGAGGAAUAAAUACAUGUAGAUUGAUUGGGGAAUGAAAACCAGGUGUGCAGGGAACAAGACAAAACAAAUGGAUAUAUGAAAAAUGGAGCGGCGAUGGCUAGAAAGCAGGUGACGUCGACCGCCGAACGCCACUCGAACAAGGAGAGGAGCCGACUUCGGCGGAAGUCGUGACACAGGCACAAGUCCUUUGCCUUUACCUUUUCUAUUGAAGUGGUUGUACAAUAGAAUGUGUACCUUCGUCCUCUCAUCUUAUGUGAAAUGAAAUGUAAUUAUGUUGUUUCAGCGGCUCAGUGUCUGCCAUUAUGUGCUAAAGUACAGACGGAAUAAAGCUUCUCUACCUGUACAGCCCUCUGCCUACGGUCUCUUUCCACUAGGUACAAGACAUAUAUUUUGUAUUCAUAUGUUGAGGGGUUCCAGGCAAAGGUGUCUUCUGAACAUCUCUUCAGCGGUACUUAUAUGUCCAGUAACUACCGUAUACAAUUAAUAAUUUCCACAAAUGUGUCAACAAAACAAAAAAUAU